AUGAAAAUUAACAUUUUAUUAACAAUAUUAAUUGUUGGACUUUGUGCAUCGUCAUGCUCGGCCAAAAAUCAUUUCCUCUUCUCAUUUUAUAAACUUUUCGAUUUCUUGCAAAAGGAUAACGCCAACAAUGCCACAAACACUACCAAAUCUGUAGAGGAAAUGACUGUCGAUGAGCUGGGAGUGUCGCGUGGAAAUUGCCUUUAUCAAUUUCUUUCAUAUGUUGGCUAUGAAGAUCUGCAGCUAUGCUUUCCAGAUGAUGAAUAUAUUUUGCAUCUGUUGCCAUCCCCCUUGGCCAUUGAGGCACCACGUAAACCGCCCGUCAUGGUGAAAUGCCUUACUGAACAUCCUCUCAUUGUGAAUGGUACCAAUGAAAUACGCAUUAUGAAUUCAGUGCAAGAUAUUGUCGAUCUACUCAAACCCAUUGGCAAUAAUACAAAACGUUAUCAACCCGGCAGCUGUGUGGUGAUAUUUUUCUAUACCCCUUCAUGUUUGGGGUGUUCAUUGGUUGCGGCACCGAUUGUUGAAUUACCAUAUGCUUUUAAAACCAUACCGGUGGCGGCCAUUGAUGCCUAUAAAUUCCCCAGUUUCAACACAGAAUUUGGUAUUGUGGCAUUACCCACCAUUAUGCUGUUUCAUCAGGGUCGGCCAGUGGUAAAAUAUCGUGCCCAAGGGAAUUUCAAUACUUUCGUGACAAGGCAUACGGGAUUAAAGCCGUCGGAGGUACCCAAAGAUUUGCCACCAUCCCCUUUGAUAAUUUCGGCUGAUAAUCGCACCGACUAUGUUUUGGUUUUGGCAUGGCUUUUCAUACUAACCUGUGCUGGCUACUAUUUUUCACAAUCCCGCUUCUGUAAACAAAUUGUGGAGAUGAUUAAACGCAAUUGGCAUGAAUCUGAAGAAUUAGAACACAAUUGA